CUGCCGUCGUUUUUGCAACUCUAGAACCCUAUUAACUCUCGCCGUAUUUGUUUUCUUGCGAAAAUUCAAUUGUUUCUUGUGCCGGUGAUUGUUUUAAUAAAUAAAAGAGAAAAAACUAAAAAACUAGUGAACAGUCACAAAGUCAACGACAAAAUGUUUGGAACAUUAAAUAAUUAUCUCAGCAGUGUCCACCGGGCAUGGACAAAUGGUGAUGGUGACACUUUGGCCUCAUACAUCUCCCUCAAAGACAAGCAUAUUAUGAAUCGUAAUUUAUAUGUUGAAUCGCCGGAAAAUGCUGUGGGUCGUUUGUUAGAAUCACCCAUAGAUGAGAUACUAUGUGCACAUCUAAAAGUUUUAUAUUAUCUGGGUUUGGAACCCCGAGAUUUCAUGCAAGCCUAUAAAUAUCAAUCACAAUGCAUACAGUCGGUGGUGAAAAUGUUACAACAAUUAAAGGAAGAAAAUUGGUGUUUACCCGUUAUGUACACAGCCUGCUUGGAUUUGAGAAUACUAGCCCAACGUUGCGAAGAAAUGGGCAAUAGCUCGAAACCAGGGGAAAUUCUGGAAAAGGCGGCCGAUUGCCUUAUGAGUUGUUUUCGUGUGUGUGCAGCUGAUAACAGAUCGUCUGACAGCGAAACAAAACGUUUGGGCAUGUUGAAUCUAGUCUGUCAACUGUUCAAGGUUUAUUUCCGCAUCAACAAGUUACAUUUAUGUAAACCGUUGAUACGUGCCAUCGAUUCGAGCGCCUUCAAAGAUAUGUUCCCGCUGCCAGAACGCAUCACAUACAAAUACUUUGUUGGACGCAAAGCCAUGUUCGAUUCCGACUACAAGAGUGCCGAUGAAUUUUUAUCGUUUGCCUUCAAGCACUGCCCCAAGAAUUUUCCUCGCAACAAAAGACUUAUACUCAUUUAUUUAGUGCCCGUUAAGAUGCUGCUUGGCUUUUUGCCCAAAAAGCAUAUCUUGGAACGCUAUGACGUUUUGCAAUUUCACGAAUUGGCAGAGGCUCUCAAAGAGGGCAAUGUUCGUAAAUUUGACGAUGUCAUACAGAGGCAUGAAAUUUUCUUUAUAAAAUGUGGCAUUUAUUUGCUGGUUGAGAAACUUAAAUUUAUUGUCUAUCGUAAUCUCUUCAAAAAAGUUUAUCUCAUCAAGCAGACACAUCAAUUGGAUUUGAAUGCAUUCGCCACGGCGUUACAGUUUGUGGGUGAAACGGACAUGACCAUCGACGAGACACAUUGCAUUGUGGCCAAUCUGAUAUUUGAGGGGAAAAUUAAAGGUUAUAUUUCGCAUAGCCAUAAUAAACUGGUGGUGUCGAAGCAGAAUCCUUUUCCCCCACUGAAUACGGUUUCCUGAGAUAUCGAAUGUUAAAUGUUGUAAUAUUUUUUUU